UUGGUGUACACCUCUCAGUGUGAACUGAUCCCCGACCCAAACACAGCCCAGUUCUGGGUCCUGUUCCUCCAAGCCAGCUGGUCUGGCUUUAUAGAAUCUCCUUUCUCUUCUUCUUCUCCUUCUUCUUCUUCUUCUUCUUCUACUUCUUCUUCUGCUGCUUCCCUUUUUCACCUUUUCCUGAUUAACAACCAAAGGAUUGACUAAGCCAACCCCCCGCAGCUGGAGCUGAAGGGGUGAUCUUCCAGGUGAAGAGUUAAACAGCACUGGUGCUUGAGAAACCCUCCCGAGAGCCGGGUGCUCCAGGAUCAUCGAGAAGAAACUGAAAACCGCUGGACGAGCCAUCUUGACGAUGCCGCUGAACGGUUGACCGCUGGACGCCUGCACUUCUUCACCCGUCUCCCCUCUAGGUGCGACCGGCCUGAGCCCGAGAGCAGCUGGGUGUUCCUGAGGAACCAGCCAGAGAGAGAGAGAGAGAGAGAGAGAGAGAGAGACUCAAACUCUGAACCCGGAUAAUGAGCAGACAAGAAGACAGAACCGAAUUGAGUUGGGUUUGAUGACAAGGAUCUGAAGAAUUGAUUGAUUGAAGAGUUGGAACUCAAGAAUUGUGACGUGAUAGAAGAGUGAAUAAGAGUAUUCCGAAAGGAUCUGGAUGUGAAUAAGAAGAAAAACUUCUAAGAGAUAAGACACGACAAGAAAACGCAAAGAUGGGGAGAAAGAAGAUUCAGAUAGCACGGAUCAUGGAUGAACGCAACCGACAGGUGACGUUCACCAAACGUAAGUUCGGCCUGAUGAAGAAGGCGUACGAGCUGAGUGUGCUGUGCGACUGCGAGAUCGCCCUGAUCAUCUUCAACAGCACCAACAAGCUGUUCCAGUACGCCAGCACCGACAUGGACAAGGUCCUGCUCAAAUACACAGAGUACAACGAGCCGCACGAGAGCAGGACCAACUCGGACAUAGUGGAGACGCUGCGUAAGAAGGGUCUGGGCGGCUGCGACAGCCCUGAUAUCGAAGCUGAUGACUCUGCGGGCCAGAGCCCAGAGUCUGACGACAAGUACCGCAAGAUAAACGAUGACAUCGACCUCAUGAUCAGCCGGCAGAGACUCUGUCAGGCCAUGCCCCAAUCUAACUACGACAUGGGUAUCUCCAUCUCAGGCAACAACCCCGGUGGACUGCUGUACACCCACCAGACUGUAGGGGGCACCCUGACAAACCAUAACCUUCUGCCCCUGUCUCACACACACCCGUCUCUACAGAGGAACAGCCUGUCCCCACAUAGACCCCCCAGCACUGGAAAUACUGGAAUGAUGGGCCAGGAGCUGUCAAACUCUGUCGUCUCAAGCAUUGGUAAUGUGGGCUAUGCCAACCACUGUGGCUCCCCUGGUCUGAUGUCCCCUGGAGGACUGACCAAAAACAUGCAGUCAAAGAGCCCUUCCCCCAUGACUGUGAACCGCAAGCCUGACCUCCGACCCCUGCUGCCCCCCGCCAACAAGAACAACAUGGCCUCCAUGAACCAGAGGAUAAACCACUCCCAGACUGGCCAGACACUGACAACACCCGCCGUCUCCAUAGCAACCCCGGGCCUCACUGGCCAGGCCAUGGGGGGUUAUCCCUCCCCACUGUCCAGCUCCUAUGGCACAGAGUACUCCCUGGGCGGGGACCUGUCGUCUCUGUCUGGGUUCGGGGGCUCGGGUCUGGGCUCGGUUACAAACUGGCAGCAGCAGCAGCUCCAGUCCCUGCAGCACUCCACCAUGGGGCACAUGGGAACGCUGUGCCAGAACUCCAACCUGAACCUGACCUCGGCUCAUCAGAACCUCCACAUCAAGUCCGAGCCGGCGUCCCCUCCUCGUGACCGCGGCGUCGGCGGGGGGAUGGCCAACCCCCGGCUGGGCGGCAACGGCCUCCUCCCCAACAACGCCGGCUACUCCGCCGCCGGCGCCGGACGGGCGCCGGGGGACUCCGGCCACUCGCCGGACGACAGCGCGUCCAGCUGCGGCAGCUCGUACGAAGGCGCCGACGACCGCGACGAACACCUCCGCGGCAACAACGACAACGGCAACUGUAACUCCUACCUGCUGCAGCCGCUGUCCAGCCAGGAGGGCCACCACAGUCCCACGCUGAAGAGGAUCCGCCUGUCCGAGGGGUGGGCCACAUGAUGGAGCCCCGCACUCCGUAGGGGGCCACGGCUGACACCGCCCAGAGGAUGGAGGGGUGGCGGGGGGGAGGGUCCAGGGGACCCUAGAGUUACUAUAUAGUGUUCAAUUCAUAUUCUUAUUGUACCGAGUGGAAGUGUUAUUCAGUGUGAUGGGUAGAAUGUACAGGAGAGGGAUUGAAGCAGGGGGGGGAAGGAUAGAGGAGGCAAGCGUUGUGUGCUUUUCGACAUGCGCUACACAGGGAUAAGACUGAAUGUACAGGUUGAGGACACCAGAGGAAGUUCUAGUUUCAACCACAGGUUGGAUGUGUCAUGGAGGAGGUUCAGAGUACACACGGUUCACCCACAUGUGUUUACACUAAAACGAAGGUGAAAUAUGUGUGUGGGGAACGUCGCUAACCCCCCCUCUCGCCCGAAUGCUUUCCUGCAAUGCUGAUCGAAUCGCAGCGCCAUGGUUGGCCGUUCUGAACAUGUCUUGUUGCCGGUUCAACAUAUUUUGCAAACAUGAAUAUCGUAGACGGUGUGCAACCUUUUUGAGUUGAGACUGGAAAUGAUGAAUAGAGAUGUGUGAGAAAAGAGGAAAGGAGGGAGAGAGAGAGAGAGAUAGAGAGAGAGAGAGAGAGAGAGAGAGAGAGAGAGAGAGAGAGAGAGAGAGAGAGAGAGAGAGAGAGAGAGAGAGAGAGAGAGAGAGAGAGAGAGAGUGAGAGAGAGAGAGGGAGAGGGAGAGGGAGAGGGAGAGGGAGAGAGAGAGAGAGAGCAGGAAAGAGACGUGCCUUUUAUGAGAGCGGAGAGAAAGAGAGAGAGAGAGAGACGAAGGAAAUAGUACUAGAGAAGGUUUAAGUGCUUAGAUGUAUAGUGUGGAGAGUAUAUGUUUUCUGUAUAGUAAUAGUAAUAUACACUCAUUUGCAACUGGUUGCAUUAAAAGUAGGGCUUGAACCAAUGAAAGAUUUCACUUGACGUGAAAAAAAAAAGCUUAUUUAGAAGAACUGUCUGGGCUGUUUUAGCGAGCUCAGGAGUUUUGGGAGGAUUCACGUAUAGAAAAGCAAUAUGUUUUACCUCAACUCAGUAUAAAACUGCUUUAUUGGAGCCAUUCUCUGCAAGGUGCUUGAAACGUUCUGCUAAGCCAUAGCCAGUGUAACUAUUACAACUUUUAGGGUUAUAUUUACUGCAAAAAAUACAACAACUUGUUCCUAUCUUUGAUAAAAAAUGACUUUGAAAAUAUCUGUUUAUAAUACUGAAUCAUAGUUUAAGUCAAUAAGAUGAUAGGAUAUAGAAAUAUGGCCCAGUAAAUACAAAAACCAGCACAUUGUGUUGUUACUAACAUUCAGGGAAAUGUAAGGCAGAACUAAAUUAAGGAGCCCAUUGCUAUUUUCUGCACAACAGAUACAAAAUGACAUUGGAAUUGCAAUCAAUUUACAAAUUUGAUGGCCUGUUCCACACCCAUAUAUUAAAUCAUCCUGUUGUAAAUGCAAUCGGUUCAGUAAGGUUGAACACCAGCUGGUCAAAGUUACUAAAGUAAAAACUGAAACUGCUGCCGGCAGACAGUAGUAUUGAGUUAAGGGAACGGGAACAAUUAAGAACAAGAGACAUUUUAACAAAUACAGUCACAGAGAGACACUAACGCAGAGCUGGCUUUGGGUUUUAAUUUGAAUAUUCUGGUUUAAAAGCUGUAUAUCUGGAGUGCAACCCCUCAGCCUAAGCUUAAGUGUCCAUGAGCCCCAUUAAGUACUGAAGUACUUAUUUUAAAUGUUGUAUUAAAAUCAUCAGUGUUUGGUUUGACAUGAUGACAUUUAAUUUUUUAUUUUUUUAAGGGCGGAGCCCAAAUAUGUUGUCACGGUAACUCAUAGCACAAACCUGAUUUGCCUUGUCAAGGCAAGACGAUGGUUAGUCUUCCUCUUGGGGAUAUUUGAGUCAGAAUACCGUAGCGAAGGAAAGGAUUUACACUAAUUUAAACUUUGGGUGCGAUUAUGUUCACCUAGCAUGUUUCAUUAUACGUGUUUUUGAAUUCUGUAUUAUUAUUAUUAUUAUUAAUUUGCCUGUAUUUGUUAAAUUGGCCAUCUUGUACCUUGAAUGUACAUGUGAAGCCAUCAUAAACUGUUGUGACUUUUUGUGUGAAUGUGUAGUAUUAUCUUUAUACAAGCUGGCAUGGCCAGAUUGUAUUUCGCCCUUAUUCCUGAGCACUACAUUGUAAAAAAAAAUCACCUCAUCUCAUGGUUCAAUUCAAUUCAUUACAUUAUUACAAGUAAAUAAAUAUUUUUAAAUAUUGAGAGGUUUUAAGCGGCAAAAGCUGGCCUUUGUCGGCAGUAAAAGACACUGUUUAUCAUAGGAAAGGUAUCGUAAAAAUAUUGUACAGCAAAUCUGCUUAUUGGGAAAUAUGAUUACUGUAUUUAGCAGAAUAAUUAAAUACACAGACUUACAUGUAA